GACUAGAUGUCCUUUAAAGAUCCCUUCCAACCGAAACUAUUCUAUGAUUUUUUCUCGUUGGAUUGCAAGUAAAUUUUAUGGUGGAUGCCCAGAAAUUGAAGAGCUCUUUGGUUGCGGUUUUAAAAAAAAUUCAAUCUUAAUUAAUCUUGAUGACAUGCUCCAUGUCACUGAAUCUUUGUUGAAAGGCAAAGGUAAAAUCCAGUUUCCUUGAACAGAAGUUCUUUGCCUAGACCAUAAGGCCUUUUAUUCAACAUCUUUUCACCUCUGCAUCAAACAAGGUAGGGUUUCUCUUGCCUUUUCUUAUGCUACUCUGAUUGACCUUUAUAGCAGAUCCUUCUUAUUUGCUGGCUGAGGUCAGGACUUCAGGAAAAAAGAACAGUUGUAUUCAAGAGAUUGAUCAUAAUGUGUAUGCAUAAACUGACAUUAAAUUUUGCAUUUUCUAAUGUGCUGCCUUAAUAUUGUUUUAACACUUUUUUUGUGCGUAUAGUUUCUGCAAGAUUUCUUUGUUUGAAGAAAGAUAGUAUUAUAUAGAUAAUAUCAUCCUGAAGAAAGACAGUACUAUAUAGAUAAUAUCAUUCUGACAUACUAGGGUUGAAAUCACAGCCUGUGCUAAUUUACAAGAUUAGGCUGAUGGUUAACAUGGUUCUCUAGGGGUUAUCCUAGAAAGGAGAAAAUUAGUCUUGUGCCUUUUUAUAUGUGUCUGGAGAAGCAAUUUGCUAAUUUUGGACUCCAUUUCAGCUUCUGGAGGUAGUUAGUUCUGGUGUCCAGUCUUCCACCCUUUCCUUUUCAGUCUGAAUGCUUGUGUUUUGUUUGUUCUGUGGAUGGCAAUUUUAUUAGUAUUAGAUGAUCUCUAAUUUAGUCUUGAAACUGUUCUUACACUUCUUUCUCCUCCCCUGGUUCAUCUGAACAUUAUUUUCUACCAGUAGGAGCUUCCAUCCCUUCUUGAACCUUUGUGUUUUCUGUGUAUGUCUGUGUCUGACUUUUAUCUGUAUUAUUUAAUUUGUCUGGUUCCACAUCUGUCUGAAACAAAGUGAUUCCAAGUGAUUCAGAAGCAAAUUGAUCCGUAAUAAAGGGGAUAAUGCUAGCCCUCUGUCAAGUACUUAAUAGUACAGAAUGGGAUCCACAAUUCUGCCUGUUCCUUAUAUUUUGUAUCAGGGUAAAACAGAUGAACAGUGCUUUGGGUGUCAGAUCUCAUCAAGACAUACAGCUGUUCUGUCCAGCAUACACCCUAAUCUGUAUUACUGUGACAUUAUUUUAUCUUCACGGUUUGCAACUUUGAUAGUUACUUUUUUAAACUCAGUGCAGCUUCAUAUAAGUACUAAAUUACAGUGCACAUUAUGGCAGGUUACUCUGAAGCUGACAUUAACUAUCAUUACAGUUUAGGAGGAAAUAUGAUUGCUAGAUUUUACUGCACUGAUGAUCCACCUAAAAUGCUAUAACGUAGAUUAUUAGAUUUUUCCUUAAUUUCUUUUAAACUUCCACAAUUAACAGUUUCUUCUAAACUUUGAAACACUGCUUAGAACAUUCUUAUUGAUAGAGUUGCAUUUACAACUUGAUAAUUACAUAAAUUGUUUAAUAUUUACCUUGGGAUUUAAAUGUCAUCUGGGAAAUUUAAUGAAUUCAUUAUUUCAGGUUACUAAUGCAAAGUUAGACAAGUGAGGAUUUCAGAUUCAUGACCAGAUCUUUAACUGAUGAUGUCUCUGGCAAAUACUAAUGGGUUGCUAAUGUCAGAAGCAUGGUCUAGAAGCUGGUGUGCUUCUCCUUAAUACAACUGAGUACACAAAGGUAAACAGUUCCUUGGUGUGCUUUAUAUUUUAGAAGUCCUACUUGCAGGAUUAAGCAUUUCAGCCACUUUGUGUUUUGAGGAUUGUUGUAAAGCUGGCAACUGAACAUGCACGAGAGCAGUGGUUAAAAGAAAUCCUCUGUUAUGGAAAUUAACCUCAGCUGUCCCAGCUGUUCAGUCAAUGGAGUUCUGUACAAACUGGCUUUUACCAGGUAGAAUAUGUAAUGCAGCAUGACUUUAGCAAAGAUUAAAAGUCCUGAAUAUGUGAACUUAACUUGAAACUGCAGCCAGACAUGAGGUACAUCAGGAUUGAUGCAGCUGUUUUUCCCAGACAGUGAUACUGAUGACUGUGGCCAAAAGUGUGCUUUACUGAUGGAUAGUUUUUUUAAAAAAAUUAAUAAAACUUACUCCUCUUCUUAGAAGGUUAGGUCAGAAUUAUACCACUUCUGGAAAUCACCUUGUACCAGUGGAAAUCUUGGUCAUCUGUUUGAGUUGAUAAGUUAUCAUGCUACUCUUAACGUACUGUGCCACUGAGGAUACUGCAGUUACUGCAGUUCUCUUUAAAUUUUUUAUUUAAGAGCUGCCUUCUGUGGUCUGAUUCUGUCUGUACCAUCCUGAGGAGGAAAAAUCUGUGAAUAUAAGCAGGCCAGUUAGGUAGCUAUCCGGAGUUUUAGAAAAACACUAGCUCAAGAUACUAUUUCAAGGACAGGGAUGACUAUGGGGUCACUUCAUGAGGGAAAAAGGCACAGCAUUUCUUUUAAAUGCCUAGAAAUAUCAAAAGAGCAAAUAAAUACUUAGAAUCAGAGGUAAAUAUAUGCAUACACCUGUGAGAUAGCACGUGCUCCUUUGCAUAUGGUAACUUUCAUGGGAAUCAUCCUUGGAGAAGUUAAAGGCAGGGAGACUGCAGAUAUGUUUUUUUCUCAGGGAGGUGGAGUUUCAUGACUUUGACGCUGAAAAAUAAGUCUGAAUAUAAUUUCUGCGAGUGUUGAGAUACAGUUUAUUAGCAAAAAUGUAAUACAUGAAUUUAAGAAAUCUGAGUACUUUUUUCCUGACUCCUUUUGUGCUGAGUGCUGUGAGGUUCUUAAGGGAGUAUAUUUAUAUAUUUUAUCUAUCUAUAUUAGGUAUAUAUAUAAUAUUUAUAAUAGCAAGAGUAUAUUGUAAUAAAAUAAGUACAGCAAAAGGGGCUGUAUUUCUCAUUUUCUACAGAAGAGGUUACAAAAACCAGGGUGAGAGCUUGUUUCCCCAUUUUACUGAUGCACAGUCAGACCAAAGCACUGUGUAUUUAAUAUUCAUAUGUGUGAAUCGUAUUUAUGUUACAUCAGAAUGACUGUGCCUGUUUUGCAUGAGGUCCCUACUUAAAGGAGAAAAAAUAAUCAGUGUGUCCUUGUACAGGAUACAAAGAAUGGAGUCAAAACCCUCAAGAAUUCCUCGCAGAAUAUCUGUUCAGGCUUCCAGCUCUUCCCUAGGAUCUAGGACAUUGACUGGAAACAGUUUAGCUGGUGCAUAUAGUGCAAGAGAAUCUUCAUGGAGAUUAGAAUCUGGAUACCAGGAACCCAGUGUAUUGAAUAGUUCCAGUAGAGACUGGGGAAUUGGAGAAAGAGAGACCCACGAGACUCCGUGGAAGCUUUCAGUGUCCUCUCCAACCCGCUACUCAGGGACACUCGAUCAUCCACAUUCUGGAAGAUUUUUGGGAAGCAGGAGCAGAUUGUCGACAUCGUCUUCCUCUCAUUUUACAUCUGGAUGUUAUGGUGAGUCUGAGAGAACUCAAGGAGCAUAUUCAAGACAGCAGCAAGACAGUGAUUCAAAGAGACCUAAGCUAUCGUGUACAUCUACCUCUUCUGUGAGAAGUAAUGGCUUGUCUGCCUUUUCAGAUUCCUCAUGGAGAUGCAGUAGGAUUCCUAGGUCUUCAUCAGUGAUGCGAAGAGAGUUAGAAAGAACAACAGAUCUGUCUGUUAACAAUGUGGUGGAUCCGACCUACAGAAACAGUGACUUUUCACCUUCAACAUACCUUCAAGACAGACCUGCCUCUUCAUAUGCAGAGGGAGCAAGACCAAAAGAGAGCUCCUUAAGCACUUUGAGGCUGAAUGCAUCCGUGAACCACCAGUUGCCUUCUGAUCAUCAGCCAUCUUUUUUCAACAGAGACUCUAAUAUGAGCUCUUCAAGAUCCAGCUAUUCUUCAAGACAAAGGAGAAAUGAAUUAGAAUUUCCCCAGAGGAGCAUGCACCCAGCAUUUUCUCUUACUGCCAUGAGAGAUGAAACCCCUUCCUCAAGGGGUUCUGAAAGGGUUUUAUCUUCCCAGAGGUCACCGAAUGAGUCUGCAGCUGACAGUGAAGGGAGGCGCACAACCAGGCAGCUGCUGUCCCGUUUAGCAUCUAGUAUGUCAUCUACAUUUUUCUCUCGAAGGUCGAGCCAAGACCCAUUGCAUACAAGAUCAUUAGGCUCUGAAGAGUCAACAGUGGUCCCAAGAGUUCAGGCUUCUACUCUGUCGAGUAGUAAUGGAGCUGCAACUCCAGAAGUUCCAGGACUUCAGUCGUCUGAAGCUUCUCAGGGGUUUAGUUUUCUUGGACGAAGAUGGGGUUUAUCAGGAGUUUCACAGAAUCGCAACUCUGAUUCAGAUGGGGACAGCUACAGACCAGACUCUGAAAGUAGGAGCGCAGGAUCCUGGUUGUCAUCCUCUUUGAGGAACAGAUGUACACCUCUCUUUUCUAGAAGAAGAAGAGAAGGAAGAGAUGAAUCUGCAAGGAUCUCUACCUCUGAUACAACUGCUAGAUCGCAACAUGUCUUUAGAAGGAGAGGGUCAGGUGAGGAGACCUCUCUUGAAGCAUCAGGUAGCCCUCCUCGGGCUUCUGUUAGCAGACCACCACCACCUGCAGUGUCUGGUAUUUCUACAGCUACUGCCUCCCCACCAGAUUCAGCCCACAGUAGAAGUUCUGGAAUUCUGCCUGGUUCUCUCUUUCGCUUUGCGGUGCCUCCGACAUUAGGAAGCAGUCUAUCUGACAAUCUUAUGAUAACUGUAGAUAUUAUUCCUUCUGGCUGGAAUCAAUCUGAUGGACAAGAAAGUGGCAAGUCUAAAGUACUACCUUCAAGAGAUCCAGAAAGACUUCAGAAAAUUAAAGAGAGCCUGCUUUUAGAAGAUUCUGAAGAUGAAGAGGGUGACUUAUGCAGAAUCUGUCAAAUGUCCUCUGCAAGUUCUGACAACCUUUUAAUAGAGCCAUGCAAAUGCACUGGAAGUCUUCAGUAUGUUCACCAGGAGUGCAUGAAAAAGUGGCUUCAGUCCAAGAUUAAUUCAGGUUCUUCUUUGGAAGCAGUGACAACUUGCGAAUUGUGCAAGGAGAAGUUACAUCUGAAUCUGGAAGACUUUGACAUUCAUGAACUCUAUAGGGCACAUGCAAAUGAACAAGCAGACUAUGAAUUUAUCAGCUCUGGUCUCUACCUUGUAGUGUUGUUACACUUAUGCGAGCAGCGCUUUUCUGACAUGUUAGGAACUGCCAACGAGGCCAGCACACGUGUCAGAUUUAUUAACCUUGCAAGAACUCUUCAGGCACAUAUGGAAGAUAUUGAAAGUAGGUGCUUCCCCUCUUCCCCUCCCCUCCCAUUAGAUCAACUCAAAGCUAAAUGAGUACAAUCCUCCUUGCCAAGAUUCAUGAUAUGAACAUAAUUACUGAAAACUUUACUUGACCCAGCAGUGCUUUUUCCAUUAUCAGUAGAACUAUUCCGAGGGGGAACCGGUUUUAAUUCUCCAUGAUUAAUUUCCCAACAGUAUAGAACUGUUUAGACUACCGAAGUGUUAUCUGCAAGAGAUUACAAAAUUCCUUACUAGUUACAGUUGGUUAUUGUAAUUCUUGUAGUACCUAAUUAUGGGAUUAUUGGUGACACCUACAGGAGUUUUAGUAGGAAUGAAACAUUUAGAGUUGAAUUUCACUGCACUUAAGUUACAUAUUUCUUUUGCAGUUUUUUCCUCUUCCCCUUCUUUUUUUUUGCCUUCUCCCUUUUUUCCAUUCACACGCACUUUUUGGUUGUUUGGGUUCCUUGAUCAGACCUACCGCACCUCAUGAAGGAUAUUGAAAGGUUGCCAGUUUUUCAUUAAAUUCUGUGCUCUGUACAGACCCACAAAAUGAUUUUUCCUAGUGCUGUUGGGCUCUGUGUUAAGAGAAAAGAAGACAUUUGAAAAAAAAUCAAAAAUUCAAAACUUCGUGCUGACUUCUGGUAAAUGUAUCCUGGAUCUAUUUCUAGGCGUGAUGAAUAGGCAGUAGAAGGGUAGUUGAUCUGCCUUUUUCUUCCCUCGUGUGCACGUGAAUGUCUGUUGACAUUCAAAGUUUGUAUAUGAAUUGUCACUACACAGGAUGCAUUUGAAGUACUAUAAGGAACGGGGAGUGUGUGUGUGUGAGUUUUAGUUCGAGAUGAUUAUUGCCUCAGAGCAGUCAAAGGUGGGCUAAAGUUCUGAAUUAAUUCUUAAGUUAUGUGCAUCCUUAUUAGAGUAAAAAUUAGCCUUAAUGAGUGUCAUUUUACACCUUAAUUCAAUCUGUAUUUGAUUCAGCCUUUCACUUGCAGGUGAGGAAUGCUGAGUUUUAGAUUUAUCACUGAUGCACUUUAGUUACAUUUGUCUUCUAAGAACUGAAGAAGCAAGGAGUCAGGCUUUUCUUUCUGUAUUCAGGAGUGGAACAAAUUACUUCAAUGGAAAUACUUUCUUGCCUGCAGACUUGGCUUAAGAGGAUGUAGUAAAUUCCUGUUACAGAUAAGCUCAUGCUUUGCAAACCUGAUGUAGAUGUGUAUACUGACUUUUCUUUCAUAGUCGACAAGUAUGUAUUUGUCUCUUUAAUUCACCUUGCAACAGCAAAAUCCUAUGCAUGUGUGGGCUUCAUGUUCAUCUUGCAUAUGGUGAAAGAACAGGGCUGGAGAGAAGAGCUGCUUUCAAGUAGGCCCAAGUUGCAUUAAACAACACAUAUAUCUGUAUAUAUUUAAAAAUUUCAGAGUCUUCGUUUGUUCAGAUGGCUGAGUCUUUCAGGAUAUUUUAGUAUCUAAAUUGUUAACAUUUUUGUGAAUCAUUUCUUUCCCUGGUGUUGGGUGCUGCUGUCAUGGAUUGAAUAUAUCCUCCUUUGAUUACUGUUGGAAUUAGCCACUGUAGACACUACAUAAAAGUUGAAUCUCUGGCUUAAUAAGUUUUCUUCCUUUUACUUUGAGGAAGAAGAGCAGGAGGACACUGCCUUCUGUACUCUUGAGUUUUGAUUUGAAAAUGCUAUAUUUUUCAGACAUGAGAUGCAUUUAAGAAUUAAUCUAUGUGAUUACACCAGGUUUGGGUGGGUAUUACAAUCUGCUAUUUAAUAUUAUAGAAUUACUUUUAUUUCCUCUGCGUAUCCUGAAGUGCUUUAAUUUCACAGACUUUUGUCAAGGCUUCUGAUUAUACUGUGUUGUUCCAACAGCUUCUGAAGAUGAUUCUGAAGACUGAUGCUGGCAGAACUUUCCUACUGAAAGAAACAAAUGGAAUUGCUGCAGAAAUGCUGAACUGGCAAGAACAAAGUCAACAUGCAUUUGUUUUAUUCUUCUCCUUAGUAAAAAGCGCA